AUGCAAAAGACUGAUUCGCUUCUCCAAAACCAACAAGCUUCCAUCAAAUCGUUGGAGAAGCAAAUCGGUCAAUUAGCACUUUCCAUGUCUAAUCGCACCAAUGGGUCUUUGCCUAGCAACACCGAGGUCAAUCCUAAGGAGCAAGUUAUGGCAAUUACUCUGAGAAAUGGGGUUGAUCUAAAGAGGGAACCAAGCAAGCUUAAAGAGGAAGCACAAGAAGAAAAAGUGAUGGAACUUAAGCCCUAUGUUCCAAAACUUUCAUAUCCGCAAAGGCCAACUCAAGCGAAAGAUGAUUCACAAUUUCUUGACAUAUUUAGAAAGGUGAACAUCAAUACUCCUCUCACCAUGGCGAUUGUUAAAAUGCCUAAAUAUGAUAAGUACUUAAAAGAAUUCAUCUUAAACAAGUGGAAAAUUGAUGAGGUGAACAUCGGGAGCUUAAUAAAGGAGUGUAGUGCGUUCAUCCAAAACACUCUACAUAGAAAGGCGAAGGAUCAUGAAAGCUUCACAAUACCAUGCACAAUUAGCAUAACAAAUUUUGGUAAGGCACUUUGUGAUCUUGGUGCUAGUGUUAAUUUAAUGUCUUUGUCUAUGUGUAGAAGUUUUUGUUUGAUGCACAACAUGAGGAGUACAUCGGUUUCUCUACAAUUGGCAGACAAAUCAAUUACCUUCCCAAACGGUUUAUUGGAAGACAUACUCAUCAGGAUGGACAAAUUCAUCUUUUCCAUUGAUUUCAUUGUUCUUGACAUGAAAGACGAUGAAGAAGUUCCUCUCAUUCUUGGGCGACCAUUCCUCAUCACAAGUAAAGCUCUAAUUAACGUAGAGGGAGGUAAAUUGACCUUAAGGGUAGGUCAAGAUGAGGCCAAACCCAUACUAAAGCCCCUGUAUUAUACGACUUUUAUUCAGGAGGUCCUUAUCUCGAAAAACUUAUCUCUCCGGUCCUUUUACUUCUCGUUUCGUGAUUUUGACGUCCUUAACUGUGCCAUGUCAUUAUUUUCUUUAAAAAAACAAACAAAAUUGUGGGAACAAAGUGGUUAUUUUACCAUAUUCUCCAAAACUUCUAAUUUAUUCGUGUUCUUCAAAUUUCAAUUUCGAACAAUACCGCAACCGUCAUGCCUUAACAGAGAUAUUACAUUACGAGAAGAGCAAACACCGGGAAGAGGAAACGCCGAGGAUAUGACUUCUUAG